AUGCAGCAACCUGCUCUAGUACCCGGAAAGACCGUCGAGUCGAGAGUUGGGGAGAUUUUCGGUAUCAGUAUCGCUUUCACUUGCACCACCGUUCUCAUCGUCGCUCUGAGGAUCUUUACACGCCUGAGAUACGUCAAACAGCUCAAGUCAGAUGACUACAUUAUCCUUGGUUCACUUCUUUUCUAUGCCGCUGAAAUUACCUAUUAUGUCAUUGUCGGGGUGACCAAGAUUUCCCUCUUGAUCUUCUAUCUGCGCAUCUUCACUACCUCGAGCUUCAACUUUUUGCGGAAGCUUUCCUACGUGCUCUUGGUCGCCAUCUCCCUUCUCACCGUCAUAUACGUAUUCGUCUGUGUGUUUCAAUGCAAGCCGAUUGCAUUGGCCUGGGAUAAGGGGAUCAAAGGCACAUGUAUCAAUGUCACUACCUUUUUCUACUGCCACGCGGGCCUCAACAUCCUCGCGGAUUUCUGCAUCUACAUCAUGCCCAUGCCAUUGUUCUGGACGGUUAAGCGAUCGGCCAAAGAGCGCAUUGCCCUUGUUGGGAUUUUUGCCGUCGGUGGCUUCGUCUGUCUUACCGGCAUUAUCCGGCUGGCCUCCUUGAAGAAAGCCAUGUCCAGCGAUGACCCUUCUUGGGACAACGAGCCGUCUGCCGUCUGGUCUUGCAUUGAGGCCGACACUGGUGUCAUCUGUGCCUCUCUCCCGUCUCUCAAACCGCUCUUCGCGGAUGUGCUUGGCAGAGUUCCGCGCACCCAGAGCUAUUCCAGGAGUAACACCAGUCGAAACUUCGGGGCACUGACAGAGAGCCAAACCGGUCUGCAUACUUAUUCUCGAGCGGAUGUCGAACUCACCCAAAAUCCCCGACCCUAUAAAAUCGAGCAUGUGGUUGUCCGGACCGAUGAGUUUCGUGUUGAGCGCAGCGACGCUUAA